UAGCGUGUAUUCGGAAUUUCGGUAUUUGGUAUUGGGAUACCGAUACCCUACCGAUUUCCACCCCUACCCAUAGUAGUUCCAGUGGGUAAAAUAUCUUUGAUGCCACUUAACUUUGAGAUUGUGGCAAGUACCAUUUAUAUCUUCAAAUUGGGCUUCCGUCCAUUUUUUUAAGGGUAAAUAUAAUAUAAUAGUCAAACCUUACAUUUUAAACAAAAUAAUAGUCAAACCUUUCAAAAAUAAUAAUAAUAGGCAAAUUGUUAACUUUCCAUCCAGUUGACCGUCAGUUGACUCUGAUGUUGCAGUUUUAGGGUGAUGUGGCAAAGAGUCAACCAUUUGACUAUGCCAUGUGAAUAUUUAUUAAUUCAUAUAAUAAUUAAUUUAACAAAAUAAAAUAAAAAACAACAACCAAACCCUCUCUCUUCAAGAUCCCUUGUUCCUCCGUCAACUCCCCGCACCCAUCCAUUACUCCGACCUCCGUUGGAUUUGGGCGACGCCUGUCCUAGAGUUUCUUUCCGUCACCGAAUCUGAAAUCGCUAGGGAAAAGCGACGAUUCUCCCAAAUCCGGCUUGACUAGAGAAGGCGACGGAAUAGGCUUCUUCUUGAAGAUCCACAUCGAGGUCGGUGUGUUGUGGCUGUGGGGCUUGGUCCCCUACUCGUCCAAGCUCUGCCCCUCGCUAGAUUCUCCCCUUUUCGUAGCACCGACAGUCGUGGCAAGGUCGGCGACGAUGGGAUUUGAUUUUCCCAGAUGAUGAGAUGAUAGAUGAUGUUCGAGGAAGGCGGAGAUGGGUUAAGGAGGCGGCGGCGAUUCGAAUUCCCCUGAUGGCCCGAAGAAGAAAGAGAGAAAUUAGGACAUGGUGAGAUGUCAGAUGAUCUGGUCUCUGCUGCCAUAGAUAGAGCUCUCAGACACCAUGAGAAGAAGCUUCUUUAGAAGAAGACAACGAAAUUGAAAUUCGCCCCCUAUAUUCGAUUCCCAAAUUUCCAAGACUGGACGAGAGGGCAUCGACACCUCACGAAGCCAGCAGGCGGCUUCACUGAGCAGUAUGGGAAGAUGAGCGAAGAGAGAGGGAAAACGGAGGUGAGCACCAGUGUUGUUGAAGAUGAUGACCAUUCCAGCAACAUGCCAUGUUGCUCCAUCAAUAGUCUGCCACAACAACAACUUGCAACACCUCAUAAAUAGCCUGCAGCAACCACCAACAACUCUAUUUACAAUUAUCACACUUUCAUCAGAAGCACCAUUCCUGGUUAUUACUAGAUAAAGAGAUAAUCUUUCUUAUGUCUUUCUCACAAACCAAGAAGCUCAUAUGUGAGUCUUUCCUUCUGUAUAAAUAGAGUAGUAAACCUUCUGUAACAUUCAAGCAUUCAAUUAAUAACAAUACUCAAAGUUUGCUUCAAUCAAAUUCAUCAUGGUAUCAGAGCUGGAUUCUGAAUCCAGUGUGGGAAGGCCAAAGAAAAAGAAAAGGAAGAAACGAAUCUGUUGAGAUUCUGCCAAAUUCAUCAUGGUAUCAGAGCUGGAUUCUGAAUCCAGUGUGGAUUCUGCCUUGCAUUAUUUCUUUCUUCAUUUCCAGCCAUGAGUGAACAUUCACCAGGCUGUCCAUCCCAACUCAUGCUUCCGCAUCUCCGUCAUUCAACUAGUCCGCAUCGUCAUGCCGUAGCUGGUGCGUUUCCUCAGCUGGCUAUUCGCCAGUUCGCUGACUUCUCUGUUUGCCAGUUCAACCAGGCAUCGAUGUCAUUGCCACCAUCGCCAUUGACCUCGUUUUUAGUUCGUCGCGGUCAUCUCCGCCUCCGGCGCUAUCAGUUACCGCCACCAUCGAAGGAGAAGAAUUGACGCCUACAUCGUCCCGGUCACCGGACACCGGAGUCCCAUCAAGUGGUCAGAGUAGCGACUGCCGUCGCCCAAUCCUCAUUCGCUCUUGGUCUCUGCUCCCCUCUCCGGUUGCGAGAGAUUCAUCGCCAUGCCGGAAAUAAUCAUCGUCGCCAGCCGCUGAUCCAGAUCUAGAUCCACAGCGCAAUCACCGCGUCCCGUCUUCUCUCUCGACCACUACUGCGGUUACCAUCAGUUCCGGCUGCACUCCAGAUCCAGUUCUCGCCGCCGCCGUCAUCAGCGCCCUCGGGCCAUCAAUCUCCGACGCAUCAGAGUCAGCGGCCCAAACCAAGCUCGACAUCAUCGAUUCCUUCGUCUCGCCGUCUCGCCUCCGUCAACCGCCGCUGCCGUUGGCGCCAAAACCAGUCCACCGCUGCAUUUAUAUUAUGGGUAGAUUUGUCACAAAAAAUGACUAUAUAUGUCAUGAAGACCCAUAUUUUGGCUAUACAUAUGUAUUUUAUCUAAACUGUACCACGCAUACAAUUUAAUAUUUAAUGUUUGAAUCAAUGUUACUUGAGUUUCGAUUUCACAAUUAAUUACUUUCUAUAAGAUUUUUUUUUUUACAACACUUUCUAUAAGAUAUAAUAAUUUGAUUUAUCUUCUUCAAUUGAAUCAAUUUCAAGACCCUGACUUCUUGGGGGUGAUUUCAACUCUAUUCUGCACGUGUCUGAGAAAUCUGGAGGAGCGUCAUUCAACGCCAAUAGAGUUAAAGACUUCCA